AUGGCUGACAUCUCAACAUGCCUUCCUCUGACACGGGACUCCGUUGUCGAGGCGCAUCGUCUAAUCGAGUCUCAGAUUCAUCGGACUCCAGUGGUGACAAGCAGCUUUAUCGAUAAACUGGCCUCGACUCCGAGAGAUGUCGCCCUUUUUGAUGGCCAAGAUGUCCCUUCGCAGUCAGCUAACCCUCAGUUCAAACUGCACUUCAAGUGUGAGAACUUUCAGCGUGCAGGUGCCUUCAAAGCAAGAGGGGCUUUCCACGCCAUUGAAAGACUCAAGUUGGAGCCCGGGUGGGCAGAAGGUGGUGGCAAAGAGAAGGGUGUUGCUACCCACAGCUCAGGCAACCAUGCACAAGCGCUUGCUCUGGCAGCUCGAGAAAACGGCAUGCCUGCUCAUGUCGUGAUGCCUUCAAUCACGAUCCCCAGUAAAGUCGCUGCUACCAAAGGCUAUGGCGCGAAUGUCAUCUUCAGUACUUUGACAGACCGCCUCGCUGUGGCUGAGAAGGUCGUGGCCGAAACCGGGGCACGACUUGUGCCGCCCUAUGAUCACCCAGAUAUUAUCCUAGGACAAGGCACUAUGGGUCUUGAACUGCAGGAACAGGUCAAAGACCUAGACGGCAUUAUCACACCUUGCAGCGGCGGUGGAAUGCUAUCAGGUGUAGCACUCAGCUGCGAAAACACAGGGAUCAAAGUCUUCGGAGCUGAACCGUCAUUCCAGGGCGCAGAUGAUGCCAAGCGUGGAAUCGAAAAGGGAGAGAGGAUAACCUACGUAGACAGUAUGUCGAUCGCGGACGGGCUACGCUCUUACCUUGGUGUUCAUCCUUGGGGAAUUCUCUACGAACGGAAGCUUGUCCAAGGUAUGUACAGCGUGUCGGAGGAAGAGAUUAAGGCGGCUAUGAAGUUGAUCCUGGAGAGAAUGAAGCUCUUUGUGGAGCCCAGCGCUGCCGUACCCCUUGCUGUGGUUUUAUUCAACGAAGAGUUCCGAUCUAUGGUUGAGAAAGAGGCAAACGGUGGUAUUUGGAACCUGGGCAUUGUAUUGAGUGGAGGCAAUACUACAACGGAUGAAAUAAAGAAGCUCUUUUCUGAAGAGUAG